CUGUUUGAAAACAUUCAACAUCUGUUUUGGUUCAAUAAAUUGUCAAUGGUUUCUAAAUCGAUUUAUCAAUAGUUUAUUUAAGUUUUUUUUGUUUGGUUAAUUAAUUAAAUGGUGAACUUAUCUUUUUGGGGCUAGAAUGAAGAAAUCUCGAGAUGAUCAACUCAAUGCCUUUGUUAAUUAUUACCUAGAGAAAAGGAACUAUUUCAUUAACCAUCAAAAUAAGUCAAACAAAGAUAAAAUCAAAAAAAGAGGUUUAUCUAUCAAAGAAAUGAUUACAAGCAGUAUUGUGGAUAAUUGUUGCCAAAUAUUUCCAAUCAAAGGUCAGUUUACCAAUCGGGACACUGAUUUUGACUUUCUGACUACCAAUAAUACAAACAAGUGCGAAAAUCACCAUGACUUAUCAUCAACAUCAUUAUCACCUGAUCAAGAAGAAGAGAACCUGGAAAAAGCAUUUGAUCAAUUGCAAAGACUGCCGCCUUGUAUACCAGGGCCAUGCAUAGGCUAUUUAGAAGGUUGCAAUCCAUGUACAGUUGAUAUAAGACAAGACAUCAAAUAUUUUGCUGCUGGUUUUGACAAUUCCGAGAUUAAUCUUUGGUCGCUUACUGCCCUAGGUUUCAAGACUCAAAAAAGUUAUUCCAACCAACAAUCGUCAAUUUUAUCAAAUCCUUUAAGAUUGGCCUUAGAAUCUGAUGUAAAUAAUGCAAACUCAGAAACAUCACCUCAUAGAUUGCACACAUCUCUAACCGGCGAUAAAACGCUUUCUGGUGCAUCAAUCUUGCGUGGCCACUAUGGUCCAGUCUAUGGAUUAAAUUUUGUUGCAAAUUCUCAUCUUAUUUCUUGUUCAGAAGAUACAACUAUUCGCCUUUGGGAUCUUAACUCGUGUAAAAAUAAAUUUGUUUAUUCUGGUCACCUCUACCCGGUUUGGUGCAUCGAUAGCAGUCCUUUAGAAUUAUAUUUCGUUUCUGGUUCUCGUGAUACUACUGCUCGCCUUUGGAACUAUGAGCGUCUCCAUCCUAUUAGAAUAUUUGCUGGUCACAUAUUAGAUGUUGAUGUUGUCAAAUUUCAUCCCAAUGCAGCUUACAUUGCUACCGGAUCAUCUGAUAAAACGAUUCGUCUUUGGGAACUUAAAUCUGGCCAAGUGGUUCGACUCUUAGAAGGCCACAAAGCAACAGUUACUAGCUUAGCGUUUUCACCUGAUGGCAAAUAUUUGGUGUCAGGUGGUGAUGACUGUGCUAUUAAAGUUUGGGAUCUUCGCACCACAAAAGGGCCCUUAGCAAGCUUAACAUCUCAUCGAGCUCCUGUUAACGAUGUUUGUUUCAAUGGAGAUGGAUCUGUGUUCAUAUCUGCUAGUUCAGAUCGUACUGUUAAAUAUUGGGAUUUCCAGCAAUUGAAAGAAACCAAUACAGUGAACAAAUACUUAUUACACUCAACGCCGACAGACUUCUCUCUAAUUAAGUUAAAAAUGUUACCUCAUAAUGUAAUUUAUAUACAUGGUCAAAAGUUAUAGUCAUUCCAGUCCCCAACUUGCGCCUGAUUACGAUUACAAUAGAUAAUGAAUAUGAUUUCACCGACUAAAAACGGACUCUUUUUUGAAAAACAAAUUAAUUGACAAAUAAUUAAAUUUAUGAAUUUUUUAAUUUA